AUGGCAAAUCUUCACCGAUCACUUGUAACUGUACGGCUCAGUCCGGAGGGCUCAAUUACCAUGGCACUCAAGCCUUCUAUUCUUGUGGCCUCCCUGGCUUUGCUCGGCCCUGCUCUGGCCCAAAGCGUUGAUGGCAAGCAGUACGACAACCCAACUGCUGGUCCUCCUGCGAGCUAUUUCGCUGCUGCCACAACCGUCCCCGUUGCCGCUCUCCAUAGCGCGGCUGCAAAGGCCAGUACGGCUGCGAAGGAUGCGACCUACCCCGUCAAUAACGACAGCGGGGCGGCAAAGUCUACUAUCCACAGUGACUGGACCAACUUCAACGAGGGCGCUGCUUUUGUUUGGGUCGCCGACAUGGAUGUCGACUGCGAUGGCCUAGACUAUCAAUGCAAGGGCAACCCAGAUGGACAGCCUCAGACCAACUUCGGUGCUCUGGCAGCAUACGAAGUUCCAUUCUUUGUGAUCCCUGACAAGUUUGGCACGACCUACCAGGAUGUCCUUCCUGGAAAUAACGUUGGCGCUGUCAUUUGUGAUGGUAAGAUGUUCUAUGGUAUCUAUGGUGACUCCGAUGGAGACGACCCUGAAGUCAUCGGAGAAGCUUCUUGGCUGAUGGCUCGUACCUGUUUCCCCAACGAUGAUCUGAAUGGUAACAGUGGUCACGGUGGGGUCGAUGUGACUUACAUUCUUUUCACCGGCGAUGAUGCGGUCCUCCCGAGCAGUGCUCUGAGCAAGAACUACGUUACUAACUUCAGCACGCUGCGCUCUAUGGGGGACAAGCUGAUCACUGCGCUUGCGCAAAACUUGAACCUCGCCGCUGGUGGCUCUUCCAGUGGCUCAUCCACUACUUCCACUACCACGGCCUCCACUACUUUGACUACCAAGGCCUCCACUACUACCUCUAGCGGCUCUUCCGGAGGGUCAUGCUCUUGGUCUGGCCACUGUGCUGGUAAGAUCCACUUGUCUCGGGUCAAGUUCCUCUGUUCGUCGCUGAUAGAAAUCCUAGGAAGCUCUUGCUCUUCCGACAACGACUGCUCCGAUGCGCUAGUCUGCAACAGUGGAAAAUGCGCCACCUCUGGUUCCUCUUCUGGUGGAUCCUGCUCGUGGGCUGGACACUGCAGCGGUAAGAUCAACAUCCCUCCGUAA